AUUUUAUGAUAGAUCAUGUACUAUUUUCAUAAAGACAAAAAAAAGAAAUGUAGACAAAUGUAAUGCACCAAACGAAGGACGUGCGCAAGCAAAAGACCGACAUGGCGCAUGGCACAGUACAGUUCGCCGCCAUCGUCAAUUCCUUCCCUUCCCACUAUUUUAACCAACCCUAUCUCCAUGAAUACAUAGAAUAUAUAUUCGAAAUAUUAAAUAAAUAUGAUAUUCCCUCGAAUCAAUUUUUUGAAAAUUAUUUGUCCGAUUUCUUUCAAACAACAUAUAUAACAACACUAACUGACAUGUGAAUAAUAAUCAAAAAAGUCAGUGAUAUGAUACCCGCCACAAGCGGGCACGCCAUGACAGAUGAUACGGCACGCACAAACAAACAAGUCUACUUGCCAAGUGGAACACCGCGCAGGUUAUUUGGUGUCCUGUCAAUACAAUGAUGAAUGCCGACAAUGAAAAUUCCGUGAAGAUACGCGGUACCUACGAUCUGGUGAAAGUUUUUCGUUGCACUUGACAUAAACUACUAAAAUUUGAACGACUAUAAUAAUGUAUAAUAAGAACGGAUUAAGAGAAUAGUCGAUGAAAAGGCAGGAAUGAAAAAUAAGUGUCAAAUGUAUCGAUGAUGAUACAGCAGCCUGGCAGAUUCUGAAUUCAGAGCCGAAGACGCUGACAUCUCGGAACAUAUUUAUCUUAAUCACGUGAGUAAUUUCGAGUGACAAUCUACAAAGCUGCUGACAUUGUCUCAUGUUAUCAAUACAUCGUAUUUUUAUGACACGUGAUCGCGAAAUUCAUAUUAAGAUGUUAAGAUUAAUGACAGCAGAGUACUUACCUUUUCAAUACAGGUGACGGCCAGAUUUGAGAACUUCUUUGCGCAGACUCACGGCGCUGGCUCCGUUGCAUACUCUAAUCAAGC